AUGGGCUUCGUCCCGUCCCCGGGCGCCGGCUCCCGGGUGAUCACCGCCUACCUGGCACCGUCCGGCACGCUCGCCGCCGUCGUGUUCAGGCCGGAUCCCUCGGCCGCCGCACCCGACGCAGACGCCGACGACGAGGGCGACAGGAUCAGGUACUGCAGGUACGUCCUGCGCGGCGAGAUGCUGGGCGACGACAUAAGCCCCUCCACGUCCUCCUCGUGCCGCGUCCGCGCCGUCCGCCACGCGGGCGGCCACGUCCUCGUCGCCGGCGACGGCAAGGCGGCGCUCCCCUACACGACGUCGGGGCGCGCUGUGAGGCGGUGCCUCGAGGUGGACACGGGGACCAACCCGCUCGGGGUGUGCGCGCUGGCGGAGGCGCGCGAUGGCAAGACGGUCGUCCUCGCCUGCCCGCGCCCGGCCAAGGGGCAGGUGCAGGUGCAGGUCUGCCGCCGGGGCACCAGCGGCGGCGGCAGCGUCGACGUGCACGCGCAUAGCUCCAGCAUCGUCUGCGUCGCGCUGUCUCGCGACGGCAGGCUGCUCGCCACCGCCAGCUCCAAGGGCACGGUCGUCCGCAUCUUCACCGCCGCCGACGGUAACAAGGUCGACGAGGUACGCUAG